AAGGAGAACUGGCAGCAGUGGUCCAGCGACCACCAGGCGUCCCAGAAGCAGAACCCCUUCAGCCAGCAGGUCUGCGGGGGCCCCCCGACGGGCCUCCCUCAGCGGGGCCAGCGCGGCUACGGGAGGCCCUUGGAGGGCUCCAUGACGGAGCGACGCGGGAGGGACGCUCACACGCACGUCGGCCGGGAGGUGGAGGAGCUGUGCGCUGCCAUCAGAGCCAUCGGCCGGCGAGGGGAAGAAGGGGCGGACGCCGGACUCGGGGGCACAGGCGCUGGGGACCGGGGUGGUGCCGCCGGGCAGGGGACGGGGAGCGUCACGGUGGAGUUCGGGAGGCUGUUCGAGCACUACGUCACCAUCUCCAACAAGUUGGUGGGGGUGCUGCUCCGAGCCAGGAGGCAGGGUCUGGUUCACUUUGACGGGGAGAUGCUUUGGCAGGGGCAGGACGAUCGCGUGGUGAUCACUCUGCGGCAGUGACCGGAGGCUCCAGUCCAAUGCACCGACCACACACGUCAGGGUUCGUCGCGGCAGAGGCCCCUUGACGGAGCACGGAGCAACCAUAUGGAAAGCCAAGAAGGCCACUAACUGGCCCUAGAAUGGCGCGGUAAAAUGGUUUCAGUGCGGUUUAGCACUUUUACCGUGCCAUU